GUGAAUGGAAGAUGGGAGGGAAGGUGAACUCUCAUAAUCUGAUUUCAUAUGAUUUUAGAACAGUCAUGGUGGAAGAGUGAGUUGUUAACAUUUACAUCCAUCCCCUCCUUCAUUAUCUACCUUCCCUCAUCCCAGCCGUUAUUAUACAAGCAUUAAACUGUAGAAGCACCUUUGAGGCCUUCUCAUUUUCCCUUGAGGGUUCUAUGGUUUCUCAAGAAAACAAAGGAAAAAAGGCAGUACAGUUUCUCUUUCCUUCCAGUAUUCUUUCCUUCUUUUUCAUCCAAUUUAAAGAGUGUGUGUAAAGAAGAAAGAGUGGAGUUCUAAAAACUCAGAGUCUUCUUAAUCUGCCUUAAGAGAGGUCUGUGGUGCUAAGGAUUGUCAAAGUGAUCAAAAAUGAGUGAACAAUCAGAGAAAAACAAUUCCAUUCAAGAGGGACAUACAGAUCAUAAUUUUCCUGAGAACUGUCAAAUUGGACAGAAACAACGGCAACAAAUAGAGCGGCAGUUAAAAUGCUUGGCAUUUCAAAACCCUGGACCACAGGUAGCAGACUUUAAUCCUGAAACAAGGCAGCAGAAAAAGAAAGCCCGGAUGUCAAAGAUGAAUGAGUACCUUUCUACAACAUACAAUGUAAUGAGGAAGUACAACAAAAGUGGAAGGCUCAUCUGUAAUGACGUUGACCUGUGCGACUGUCUAGAGAAAAACUGCCUGGGCUGCUUCUACCCAUGCCCCAAGUGUAACUCCAACAAGUGUGGGCCUGAGUGCCGCUGCAACCGACGUUGGGUUUACGAUGACAUUGUCACCGAGUCUGGAGAGGUCAUCAGCUCACUGCCAUUUAAUGUUCCUGACUAAGUGCUCUUGCAGAUGGACUGAUUUGUUUCUUCUUACAUGUUUAAGUCGACCUCUUUCUCUUGGGUGAAUUUUAGGGCUUGGGGGAAAUAUUGAAAAAACAUACUGAAGACUCAUGUUCUGUCAAGCCCCAGAACCAUGUAGAAUAGGCAUUAAUUCUGUAGCCUUCUUACCUGUCUCAGCAAUUUUCGAGUUCCUUAACUUGCUCCCAAAAAAAUGUGACAAUGGAGGGAUCAACAUUUCUCAUCAGCACCCUCAUCUCUACUCUGCCUUCCAAGUAAAACUCUUCCUCUUUCCUGAUAUCUGAGAAAAUGUAGCUUUAAGAGUUUCAAAACUCUAUAGCUGAGAGCUUUUCUUACAUAGAACACAGAAUCUUAAAUUUAUAAUAUCUAGUUAUCCUUAGAAUCUUAUGUAUCACGAGUUGUAAACCACACUUGCCAUUUGGAUUAAAAAAAAAAAAAAACCCCUUGUGACUUUGCACUGCAUACUCAUAGCUUCAUGUUUUAUUUUUCAUGUUUUAAUAUCAUUCAAAUGAUGUUUAGUAAUGCUUGGCAGUGUUUGUAAUCAUUAAAAAUUUGUAUUUUAUUUGUAAAAUUGAGAAGUUAGGAAUCUAAUAUCCUAAAAGCCAGGAAUUUACAUAUUUUUGUUUUCAGGAACAGUAUUUUUUUCAUAGAGAGGAAACUUAAAUUCCACAAAAAUGAUUUAUGUAUGUUUGCUAAUUGAGUAUAUUGAUAAGAAUUGACUACAUACAUGAUAUGGUCUUUUCAAUUCUGAUACAUUGUCAGAGGUAUAAAAAAAGUUGAAUUCAGCUUUCUUUGCAGUCAUGUUUUUAUAACAGUCUUUUUUUAACCCUAAGUCAGUGGCUCUCAUUCAUGAGAAUUUCCUGGAGGACUUGUCAAAACAGGUUUUUGGCCAGGCUGUAGCUCGCACCUGUAGUCCCAGCACUUUGGAAGGCCGAGGCGGGCAGAUCAUGAGGUCAGGAGUUUGAGAGCAUCCUGACCAACCUGGUGAAACUCCAUCUCUACUAAAAAUGAAAAAAUUAGCUGGGUGUGGUGUCGCACGCCUAUAAUCCCAGCUACUCAGGAGGCUGAGGCAGGAGAAUCUCUUGAACUCAGGAAGCAGAGGUUGCAGUGAGCCAAGAUCACACCAUUGCAAUCCAGCCUGAGCUACAGAGCGAGACUCCAUCUCAAAACAAAACAAAACAGAUUUUUGUGGCCCCACACUAAGAAUCUAGACAGGGCUCAAUAAUCUGUUCCACAUUGUCAGGUGAUGUUGAUGCCACUGAUGUGGGGACCACACUUGAGAACCACUUCUCUAAAUUACUUUAGAUACAUAAUAUAAGGAAGGAUUUAAACCUCAUUGACUGUGAUACUGCCACUGCACAAAGCUAGAAGUAUUUAAAGUAAUGUAAUAAAAAUUUAAAAGUAAAUAAGAACAUUAGUUUUAAAAUAAAUUUGAAAUAUUAUAGAGGGUUUUUGUUGUUGUGGGUCACUUUUUUUGAGACGGAGUUUCCCUCUGUCACCCAGGUUGCAGUGCGGUAGUGUGGUCUUAGUUCACUGCAACCUCCACCUCCGGGGUUAAAGUGAUUAUCGUGCCUCAGCCUCCCGAGUAGCUGGAUUACAGACUUGCACCACCAUAUCUGGUUAAUUUUUGUAUUUUUAGUAGAGAUGGAGUUUCACCAUGUUGGCCAGGCUGGUCUCAAACUCCUAUCUCAUGUGAUCUGCCCGCCUUGCCUCCCAAAGUGCUGGGAUUAGCGGCAUGAGCAACCAUGCCUAGCCUUAAAAAUAGUUUUCAGGAUUUAUUUUUCCUUCUUAGUUUUUAAUACUCACUUCUUCACAAUCUACUUGUGCCAGGGAACAUCUCUGACAAUUCUGGAUUUGUUGCUUGAUGUAUGUUUUAGGACUAAAAUAACAAAAGCCCUAAAAUUAAUGGUGUGACUAUAGUACACCUGUCCAGGGAGUAAGAGCACUUACAUUCUUUGCCAUCAUUCUCCAUAGAAUUUACUGGGUUUUCCAGAUUCCACUUACUUUUACUGACCAUACAUUGUGAACGAAACAUUAUGUUAAGAUGGAAAUGAAUUGCAUUACCUUUGACUGUCACAGCCCAGUAAGGAAGACAUAAAAUCAAAUUACCCAAGUCACAUCCUUUGAAAUGUUCACCAGGAACGUGCAGCUCGGAAACCAGUAUAAAUGAGUAGGGCCUUCUUCCAUUUAUACCUUGUUUUAUUUUGAGAGUAAUUAUUAUUUUGUAAUUGGCAGACCAAAUGAAUUUAUUACUUCUUUAUUUUAGAAUCAUAUAAUGUUAGAGCCAAAAAGAACCUUGUAGCUCAUCCAUAUAGUGAAUUAGUCAAGUACUAACAGAGAGGCUGCUCUGUGACAGGCAGCAGGCUAGGUGCAGGGGAUCAGACAGUGAACAAAAUCUGCCUGGCUCCUGUCUUCGUGGGGUUUGUGGACUUAUAAGGCUAAGCCCUUUUUGUUUUGGUUGGUUUUUUUUCCUUUGCAACUGAGGAAAUUUAGACCCAGUGAAAUUAAAUGGCUCAGUUAAGGACACACAGAAAAACUGGCAACCCUGGUGUUUUGAACACUCAAGACUAGGUCAGAGUUCUUUCAAUGAUGCCAUGUAUUUCCUACAUUGUGCUAUUAAGUGCUUUGAAUAUAGUUCAUAUUCCUAAGACCCAUCUCAAACCGUAGGAAUCUGAAACUGUAGGAAUGAGACCUGGGAUUCCAUAAUUUUAAACAAACAUCCAAGUUAAGUCUCAUGAUCUGAUACAUCUGAAAAACACCCCUCUAUAUCAUCAGUUGUCCAAUUUUCAUGCUAAAAAAUAACCCUAAACAAAUUAGCAUUAAAGCCCUCCUUCCCUUCUGUCUCCUCUUGUCAUUCAGUCUUAAGGAUUAGAUAAAGGAAUCUGGUUUAAAAUGAUCUGGCUUAAAAAGUGUGUUGAAAAAUUAUGUCAGUAAAAUUUCCAGGUAAGACAAAAAAUAAAAUAAGGUCAAAAAUUGCAUAAUUACUAAGCAGACACCUUAAUACUGCUAUUAUGGAAGCCUAGUAAAGCAUUUGAUGAAGUAUACUUUUCGAAAUCAGGUUAUUUCAUCUUGAUCUAAUGCCAUUUCAAUGUAUUUUUAAAAGACUCUUGCAAUAAAUAAUUAUUACAAAAAUAAAUUUAUGUGAAUCAUCAGAAACAUAUUUUGUAAAUGUAUAAUUUUUAUUAUGAAGUGAAUAAAGCUCUUUAGCUAUCUGAACUAAAUUCAGAUUAACAAGGAAUGCAGCUGUACUAUCUGAUUACAUUACCAAGGAAAUUGUCUUGUCAGUGUGAUAGGACUUUUUCUGCUUGAGUAUCUUUCAAUGCUGAUGGCAUGUCUUCAUGAAUAUGUAUAAAAUGGAAGGAAACCUAUUUUACAAAAGGAAAUUAAACCAGUACAUACUGAAGGAUUUAGACAAAUUAUCCUGUGCACAUUUAUACAAGGAUUUUGGACUAGAAUGCCGUAUCACGUCAAUUUGUGUGACAACUUUGAGUGUAAUUUGUAAGAGUACACUGUCUGAGAUAAUCCUUCUGUACUUCCCCUUCCAAAUACCCCCACCCAAGACAACAUCUUGGAUUCACUGCAGGUAUAGACAUUCAGAUGCUAACUCACAGAAAAAUCAUUUAACUUCUAUUUUUAUAAAAGUGAACAAUGCUCUCUUGGAUAUUCUGUGGAUGUCAUAGACAGUAGCUGGGCAAUGAAUGGUUUGGACAUUUUUAAACAUUUAUACAUGCAACUUCAGUGUUUGGCUAUGCAGGGACAUUUGUUUAAGUCCAGAGGUGCCUUUUACAUGGACAGUUGUACAAUGCCAAUUAUGCCCCCUAGAGUUGUAGAGCAAAGUGGUCCUGCAGAAAGGUGCCAUUUGAUGUGUAGAUUUCUUGAUUGUCCAGCAUUUGCUGAUAUUUUCUAUGUAUUAGACAUUGUGGGCUUUAGAUUGGUUUAUAUUCUUGUAUAAAAUACUUUUUAAAAAUCCCUAUGUAUCUUUCCACUGUCUACUUUUUCUUUUUUCCUUCAUUCUCUGUGACGUCUAUAAUAGCAUAAGUUAGUUUUGAGGUUACUUAGGACAACAGUCCAUAUAUAUGAUCUAACAUACAGAGUUUUUGUGCUACUUUUUCUUUCGGAACCUGUAUUUUAAUCCUGGACUUAGAAUAUUCUUUUUUAUAUUCACAGAUUCCUAAAAUUCUGCUUUUUCCACAGUAUUUUUCUUUACUCUGUGGAAGGGAAAUGACUCAUCAUUAAUAUUCAUGUCUAAGAAGCAAUGUAUUAUUUAAGACUUAUAUUCAAUUUGAAACCUAUUUCUUUUGUGUUUAUAAUUUGUAGUUUUAACAGGUCAUUUUUUUCCCUCACUAUUGUAUUGUUGUCUGUAUAUUCUUUUUAAGUUGGCCAAAGCUUAGGUCACAUACAAUAAAUUCAGUGAGAUUAGUGACUGAGUUAAUUG